CGGCUGAACAACACGAUCCGUGAGCUGCUGCAGCAGGUGGAGAGAGGCCUCAAGUCUGCCGACCCGCACACGCGGUGCUCGCGGGUUGUCUCCCCACAGCUGAGCCCCGAGUUCACGCAGCGGCUGAACAACACGAUCCGUGAGCUGCUGCAGCAGGUGGAGAGAGGCCUCAAGUCUGCCGACCCGCACGACUGCACCGUGUACACCGGCAGGGAGGAUUCGGGCAUUGCUUUGCUGUAUUUGCACCUGUACGAUGUGUUUGAAGACCCAGCCUACCUUCAGGUGGCCUAUGAGUACGUGAAGAAGAGCCUGAGCUGCCUGACCAGACGCUCCAUCACUUUCCUGUGCGGCGAUGCUGGGCCCCUGGCAGUGGCUGCUGUGGUCUACCACAAGCUGAACAACCAUAAGCAGGCAGAAGAUUGCAUCACUCGUUUGCUGCACCUACACAAGGCAGACCCCCGAGUGCCAGACGAGCUGCUGUACGGGCGCAUGGGCUACGUCUCUGCACUGAUAUUUGUCAACAAGCACUUCGGAGGGGAAAAGAUCCCUCAAAGUCACAUUCAGCAGGUCUGUGAAGCAGUUAUAGCCUCAGGAGAGAGCCUGGCUAAAAAGAGGAACUUCACAGCAAAGAGCCCACUGAUGUAUGAGUGGUACCAGGAGUACUAUGUAGGGGCAGCCCAUGGUUUAGCUGGGAUUUACUACUAUCUCAUGCAGCCUUGCCUUGGAGUGAGCCAAGGAAAGCUGCACAACACAGUCAAACCCAGUGUGGACUAUGUCUGCCAGCUCAAGUUCCCAUCUGGGAAUUACCCUCCAUGCAUCGGUGACACCAGAGACCUACUCGUCCACUGGUGCCAUGGGGCUCCAGGUGUGAUCUACAUGCUUCUCCAGGCCUACAAGGUGUUUGGGGAGCAGCAGUACCUAAGUGAUGCCCUGCAGUGUGCAGAAGUGAUCUGGCAGUAUGGGUUACUGAAGAAAGGCUAUGGGCUGUGCCACGGGACAGCUGGCAAUGCUUACAGCUUCCUGGCACUCUACAACCUCACUCAGAACAUGAAAUACCUCUACAGGGCCUGCAAGUUUGCAGAGUGGUGUUUAAGCUAUGGCCAGCAUGGGUGCCGCACUCCAGACACGCCGUUCUCUCUCUUUGAAGGAAUGGCUGGAACGAUUUACUUUCUUGCUGACCUGCUGGUGCCCACCAAGGCCAAGUUCCCUGCAUUUGAACUCUGAAUCUGAGCUUGGCACUUUCCUGCCUGAAUCCUUCUGCACUUGGAAAUGCAGUUCAGAGCUGCUUUCUCCUUCUUCCAGACCCGUCAUUGUUCACCUAACUGUACGUAAAUCCAUCCUCCUGAGGGCAUGCCGAAUGCUCUUAACAUUUCUAGUCAUCUCACUACAUUGCUUCAAUUUCAAAGGCAGAAUGCAGAUGUAGCUGGUGUCCCUUAAAAACACAAGGCUGCAGGGGGGAGCAGGGAGAACUGUACAGUAUUUUGUUGGCUACAGAGUUUUGCUAUUUUGUGUAUCCCAUUUCCUGGGAAAAAGUUUUCUGUUGAAUGUAAAUUGGGCUACUUUAUUUCUUUUUGUGCU